UGAAGCUAAACCACUAGGCGGGGCACUAGUGACUAGUGAGCAGUCCCUUGGUGUGUUGUCGGGUUGCAAAAUCUUCUUGCCCGGCCGGACACUCCGGUUGCAAAGAUGUUCCGGGGGUUUCGGAAAAGCCGCCGGAGCCAGUUUAAACAUAUUGCCCAUGGCCUUCUUCCUGCAGCCAGCAUUGCCCCAAAGCCAGCUGUGCCCCGCACGCCACCUCCACGCAGUCCCAACCCCUCUCCAGAGAGGCCCAGGUCUGCUCUCGCUGCAGCCAUUCUCGCAACAACACUGACUGGCCGGACCGUCGCCAUUCCUCAGCCUCGCCAGAGGUCCCAGUCCGACAGUGACACAACCUACGUGGACAAGGACAGUUUCAUCGACCCUUAUGCCACUUCUGCAGAGCUGAGGCCUCAAGCCAACUGGCAGAGCGAGAUGGGAAGAAGAUCUUCCUUGCCAACCUUCUCGGCCCUGGGCUACGCAGAGGACUCCGACUCCAACCUGUGCUCCAGCGACGAGGAGUCAGGGCCUGUGGGUGCUCGCCCAGCCAAGAAGUUGCCGGACAAUGCUGAUUAUGCCGUGCCGCACAGAAGCCAGGUUCUAUUGUCACGUGAGAUGGACAGUGAAGAAGAAGAAGAAAAUCUCUCUAAGCAUGUUGGCUCUUCAGGCUGCCCGCCUACAUCUCAGUGCACACUGGAGAAAGAUGAAAAACAUAUUCGGAAUCUGAAGGAAGAAAAGUCACCAUUAUGUGAGAAGCCUCCACCCUCCCCAGAUAUAACUGGUAGAACACGUCAGAGAUGUCUGGAAAUUACCAAAGAAAAGGUCCAGGAGUUAAAAGAAGAAAAUAUAUAUCUAAGCAACACAAAUCAAACCCUUGUUCUUGAGCUUAAUGUAAUACAACAAACCAUGAAAGAACUUCAGUCAAAACUCAAGAGGGUGGAGAAAGAAAACCGGAAGCUGAGGGAGGCUGAGUCAGCUUCUUCCCAGGAAGUGAUGGCUUCACCUGAAUUAGUUAAUCUAAGAAAACAAGCUCAAGAGCUGGUGGAUGAAAAUGAGGAGUUGAAAAUGACCAUCCAUCGUUUGAAUGUAGAACUGAGUAGAUACCAAACAAAAUUUAGGCAUCUGUCCAAGGAAGAGAUUUUAAAUAUUAAAGGUCUCCCACCAGAAGGACCUCCACCACCCUGGUUGUUGGAUAUGAAGUACCUGUCUCCGUUGUUGCUGGCUUAUGAGGACAGGAUGAAAGAGAAGGACGAGCUCAGUGCCACCCUCCAGGAGGAAAUGAAGAUGUUCAAAUUGCGUGUUCAAGAAGUGGUGAAAGAAAAUGAAGAUUUGCACCGGGAGUUAAAGAAGAAGAGCCCUGUUGGGAGUGAGAAAUGGAACCAGCUUACGACUCAGGCAAAAAUGACCUCAGAGGAAAACAAAUUGUUGCUAGAUCAGUUGGAGAUUCAGAGAAAAAAAGCCACGGAUGCACAGCAGGAGCACCUCCAGGAAGUUUCUAAACUGACCAAACAACUAAUGCUUCUGGAGACUAAAACCCAGAGCCAAGAAAAGGAGCUGAGUGAGAAUAAGAAGCUGUUGGAAACAUUACGUCGUGAAUACCAGGAAUUAAGGACACAACUAGAUGGCAAAAUUGAUCUUAGUGUUCAUACUUUGAUCAUAAAUGAAUUAGAAAGCCGUUUGCAGAAGGAAGAAGAGCGAGAGAGUGUGGAGAUGGAGGAGUUGUUGGAGAAGUUGGCCAGCCUGCAGCUGCAGACAAAGAGCCUGCUGCUGGAGAAGAACAGUCUGAUAGCCACGAACAAAACUCUGACGGCAGAGGUGGAGCGGACACAGAAGAGAUACAGGAGAUCUGAAAAGAAAAUUGAAGUUCUCAAAAAGCAGGUAAAAAAAGCCAUGGAAAAUGAAAUGUCUGCCCACCAGUAUCUAGCAAAUCUUGUUGGCCUGGCAGAGAACAUAACUCAGGAACGUGAUCAUCUUAUGUAUUUGGCUAAAUGUUUAGAAAGUGAGAAACAUGGAGUUCUCAACAAAGUCUUAGAAAGCAAUGUUCGCUUGGGAAGGCUGGAGGAAAAAGUCAAGGGGUACAAGAAGAGGACAUCCCUAAAGGUGGAUGACAUCUGUCACCUUCUGACAGAGCAGCAGGAAGACUUCAUUAGCAAGACGGCUCAGUACCAGCAGGAGAUGAGGAACCUCCAUCGGAUUCUGAAGGACAAGCAGGAGAUCCUGGAUGAAGCACUGCAGCAGAAAAGAGAAAUGGAAGGUGAACUUGAAGUUGUUUGGGAGACCACGUCCAAGGAAAACCAGAGAAUUCGAAAACUUCUACAGGCCACUCUGGAGAGGAAAGGCAUAGAGAGCAGCAGAGCUCUGGAGGAGGUCUGUAUUGAUGACAUCUCUCCAGGAGACAGGCUGGACAGCUGCAACUUCAGCUACUGUGACAUGAAGCCACCACCUGACCUACCACUAGGGACUGUGGACUCCCCUGGGCAAGAGCCCCUGGCCUAAAUCCUGGUCUUCCAAAACAAAAAACAGGAUGGGGCAAGUUAUCAGGCAAACAAGAAAUAAACUGAUAAACUCA